CUGUUUGUGUUGUGUUUAUACUAGAACACAGUUGCAAAGUGCUGCUCUUCCUGGAGUCAGUGUGAAAUCCCUUCCAGUAGCUCCAGUUUUCCACAUGUUCUCCGGUUCCCUUCCCUUCCAGCUGGAAAAAGUGGGUGUUAACGGCAUGUCAUAACAAGACAGACCCGACUGGCUCAGACUAGUUUUCAUAGUUUCACUUCUUUAAAUGGCAGAAACUCCGCUGCCGCCGCCGCUGAGACGAGAAAAUGGCACAGAAAGGAGUUGAGCUGGAUUCAGAGAAGCUAUCUUGUUCGAUCUGUCUGGAUCUGCUGAAGGAUCCGGUGACUAUUCCCUGCGGACACAGCUACUGCAUGGAGUGUAUUAAGGACCACUGGGAUGUAGAGGACUGGAGGGGAAUCUGCAGCUGCCCUCAGUGCAGGAAGACGUUUAAAACGAGGCCUAACCUGGACAAAAACGUCCUGUUGGCAGAGUUCAUGGAGGACCUGAAGAAGACCGGACUCCAAGCUGCUGCUGGACCUGAAGAUGUGUCCUGUGACGUCUGCAUGAAGAGGAAGAUGAAGGCUGUCAAGUCCUGCUUCGUCUGUCUGGCCUCUUACUGUGAGAAACACCUCCAGCCUCACUAUGAGUCUCCACCUUUUAAGAAGCACAAGCUGGCAAGGCCCUCCAGGAACCUCCAUGAGAACAUCUGCUCCCGCCAUCACAAGCUGAUGGAGAUUUUCUGUCGCACCGAUCAGCUGUUGCUCUGUUCUCUCUGCUGUGUGGAGGAGCAUAAAGGCCACGACGUCGUCUCAGCUGCAGCGGAGAGGACCGAGAGGCAGAAACAGCUGGAGGCGAGUCGACAAAACGUCCAGCAGAGGAUCCGGGGCAGAGAGAACGACGUGGUGCUGCUCCAGCAGGAGGUGGAGGACAUCAACGACUCUGCUGACAAAGCAAUGGAGGAGAAUGCCAAGAUGUUCUGCAAGCUGAACUGUCUCAUCCAGAAAAGGAGCGCUGAGGUGAAGCAGCAGAUCACGUCCCGGCAGGAGGCUGAAGUGAGUCGAGUCAGUAAGCUUCAGGAGAAGCUGAAGCAGGAGAUCAGCGCUCUAAAGAAGAAAGACACUGAGAUGAAGCAGCUCCUGGACACAGACGAUCACACCCAGUUUCUUCACGACUACCUCCCAGUGUCGACCGUCGGCGAGUCCACACCCGUCAGCAUCCCUCCUCGGAUUCGCUUCCAGAAGGUGACAGCAGCGGUGUCAGACGUCAGCGCUAAAGUCCGGGACAUUCUGAAGAACAUGUGGACACACAGUCCACCGAGAGCCGUCAAAGCAGAAGUUCUACCACCACAGCCAGAACCAGAACCAAAAACCAGAGCUGGAUUCUUGGAAUAUUCACGCGACAUCACUCUGGAUCCAAACACAGCACACAAACUGCUGGUGUUGUCCGAGGAAGACAGGAAAGCAACCGUGGUGAAGCAGCAGCAGCCUUAUUGUGACCAUCCAGACAGAUUCACUGAGCAGCAGCAGGUCCUGAGCAGAGAGGGUCUGACCGGACGCUGCUACUGGGAGGUGGACGUCAGAGGGUUGGGCGUCGUCGUAGCGGCUUCGUACAGGAAAAUCAGCCGAGCGUCUGACAGUGAAUUUGGACGUUGUAAAAAUUCUUGGGCUUUGUUUUGCUUCAGAGACAGUUGUGUGUUUUUGCACGACAGCACUAAAAUUCUCAUCUCGCGUUCCGACUCCACCAGAGUCGGAGUGUUCCUGGACCACAGAGCAGGUCUUCUGUCCUUCUACAGAGUCUCUGAAAGCAUGACUCUCCUCCACAGAGUCCAGACCUCGUUCACCAAGCCGCUACACGCCGGAGUUCGACUUUUCUGUGGAUCCAGUGCUGAGUUCGUUAAGCUCAGAUAGACCGAAGUCAUUCAGAGGAGAGCCGGCGAACAAGUUUUACUUUUCAGCGCUGUACACUGUAAAACAGGGCUGUCAAACAUGCGGCCCGCGGGCCAAAACCGGUCCUCCAGAGGGUCCAAUCCGGCCCUCAAAGUUUAAAAAUUACAGAGAAGACAUUAACUGCAGAUUGUAAAUUCGUAAAAGUAUAAAUUUAAAAUAAUUUCUAGAUCAUGCCAAGUUGUUUUGAUCAUAAAGUAAAGUACUAGAUUGUUCAUUUGUCAUUUUAUGUCACAUUUUGUAAUAUUUUAUCUUGUUUUUGUUGUUUUUUUUUGUCUGGGUUUUAUCGUUUGUCUCAUGUUUUUGUCAUUUUGUUUCUCAUUUUUGUCGUUUUGUGAUUUCUUUUUGUCUCCCUUGUGUUUUUGUCUCAUUUCUGUCCUUUUGUUUCUCACUUUUGUCAUUUUUUGUCCCGUUUUUGUCAUUUGUCAAUUUUUUUUUGUCGCUUUGUAACUUUUUUGUUUAUUUUUUUUUGUCUCUUUUGCCUUGUUUCAUGUCAUUGAUCUAAUUUUUUGUCAUUUUGUGUCUCAUUUUUGUAAUAUUUUUGUCUUGUUUUUGUCGUCUCUUGUUUCGCUUGUGUCGUUUGUCUAAUUUUUUGUCGCUUCGUAACUUUUAUGUCUAAUUUUUUGACUCUUUUUUGUUUUGUUUCGUGUCGUUUGUCUAAUUUUUUUGGCAUUUUGUUUCUCGCUUUUGUCGUUUUGUGUCUCAUUUUUGCAAUAUUUUGUCUUUUUGUUGUUUUUGUCUUUUUUAAAGUAAAAUAUUAGAUUGUUCAGUAACUAAAUGUUUUGUGCUUUUGUAAACACACUGAUCCGUAAGUUGUAAUGUGUAAAUAAUAAACUGAGGCAUAAUCAAGUUGUUUAUAAAGUUCCGUUUAAAGAUAGUUCCUUAAAUGUUACCAUUUUCAGAAUAUACUUUCUUUUUUUGCACUAAAGCAAAGGGGAGUAAAUUGGAGUUGUGGUUAUUUAUAGGUUUUUAUGCUGUGAUUUUACUGGUCGUUUGAGAUCAAUCUGUGUGAAUGUGGCCCCUGAACUAAAAUGAGUUUGGCACCCGUGAAUUAAAGCUUUGUUUUUUUGGCGUUUAUUUUAAAAUUCCAGCUUUGUUCUGCUACUACGGCAUGGAAAACAGACAAUAUGAUAACCGUCUGCUCCAUCAUCUCCAAAUAGGAGCUCGGUUUUGAUGCCGCGAUGACAGAUGCCUUUAUUAUCCUCCAGCAGCAGUUUUUAGUUUGCUUUCAAAUCCCCCUGUAUGCACGGCUGACUCAAUAAGACACUAAAUUAGCUCUGAAUAACGGGAGCAAAGAGAGUAGGUAGAUAAUAUGACAAGAGAUAAAACUUUGUCAAGCAUUCACGGCUCGACAAAGGCGAGUGUUUCCAGAGCCACCCACAGUUGUGCACAUGCUGGGUGGGAACUGAAGCUUAUUUUUCUCAGCGGCGGCUCCAGCCAGCCGUGGUCUGAGUAAUAAAAUGCCUAAUUUCAGCUCUUGUGUUCUGAAAAAACCUGCCAUUCCUCACAACUCUGCAGAGGAGAAGUUCACAGUUAUUUAUGAGGAGAUGGAGCGAACAGGUGGUGGGUUUUUUGGGAUAUCUGCAUCGCUGUGGUCAGCUGUGGUUUUCUGGCUUUUGUUGGGCGAAAUGAAAGAAUACAGACGGCAAAAUGAAAGUGUUUAGGAUACAGUAGACACAGCAGGCCUGCAUCUGUCUUUCUUUCAUGAAGGAGAGAAGCAGUAUUUGAAAUUCCG